GUCUGCCAGUCUAUCGAAAACAGACAGAGUGAUUUCACAAUUUGAGCAAAUUUAUUUUGUAAAAACACAUUAAAUCGAAAAUAAAUUUCACAUGUUGAAAUCGGGCGUUGAUGUGUGCGGAGACAUGGAGAGAGAAUGCCGCAGCGCAGGCAGUGCUCCAAUGAAUCCGACGUCGGAGACCGUUCAAACGCCUUCAGGGCCCAUCGACACCGAUUUGCUGCGUGCACGGUCCCAACUCCUGGCGGCACGUCUUCACCAGGCUGGCCGGGAUAUGGAGAUACAGUCGACAUCCAAUGUCCCUGAUGCCGCAAGUAACUUCAUGCGUAUCAACACAUCACUGCCACAAACGCUGCCAUUAGAUAUGCCGCCCAGAAGCGCACUUGAUCCAAAAAUAUCGUGUAAUGCUGCACAAGCCCCUAUUUUGGUCGCGGUUCCAAUGCAGUAUAACUUGCCAGGAUCAUAUAACACUGCAGUGCCGGUGCAGAUGCCAAUGCACGCAGCUCCGCCCCAAAUGCAGGCACAUAUGAAGUCGGUAGCCCAACGACCUUGUAAGGAAAAGAAAAAGUCUAAGCGAGCACUCAGGGAGGAGGUAAACGCACUGCAGGAGCUAGUUCAAAGGAUUUCCCUGGUCUCUUCAGAUGUCAAUACAUACGCGGGUAGCCUCAUUCGCCAAAGUGAUGUGCUGUCGCAGCUAGAAUGGAUAUCCCCUGGAGAUAUGGACCGACAACAGGUAGAUAUGUCUCCACAAUUUGCUCUUCGCCAGAUGCCACGUCGUAUUGACGGGGGCAGCGACGUAAAUCGAAGGCUUUUGCCCCAGCAAGGGAAUGAGGAACGCACACGACGCGAAUCGGAAGUGUCGAGCGCAAGCAGCAACAGCACCCCUGCUCAGAAACAAGCUACCAAACAAGAGGGCAAAUCAGCGCGCAAGCGGAGAAGUAGGAAAUCAGAAGAGGGGGCAGGUGAAAACACUACACAGUCGUUAAAAACCGAACUGGAGGCGAUGCGUGGAUAUAUCAAUACGAUUGUUCGGAACUACAUAGGUGCGGAAUACAAACUUCCAGCAGAUUUACGAUUUUCUGGGGACUUUUCCGACCUGGAGGCGCAUGCGAAACGUCUUGCAAAUGAAGGUUUCGGUCGAAUCGUUGAGGAUGAAAUACGAGUGAAUCGCAAGAACAACAAGCAGGCAUUUAUUACAAUGUCCACUGAUCGUGAAGGUCUCGAGCGUGACGGUAUUGUAAUGUUGCCAGUGGCUCGACGGUACGCCUUCGAAGGAGAUACAGUGCGGGCCUUUGUUCUGAAUGUUGGCGCUCAAUCCUUGCCCCCAGCCGAAGACGAGGAGUUCUCCGAUGAGACAGCGUCACAGAACUCGGACGCCGAUGCUGACAAUGUGGUCGUCAUAUCGUCAGAUAACUGCCCCAAGGCCUUCGUCAUAGCGAUUGUCAAGCAAACGGAGCUUCGCCAGAUUGUCGGUUCUAUAUCGUUUACCAAUCCAACGCAGCUGUCUAAGGCUCAACUGUUUUACAAGUUUCGCCCCUUUGACCUGCGCUUCCCGAUGGUCUACAUACCGGAAGAGACCUGUAGGAAGCACAUAGGAAGCAAACAGGCUGCAGAAGUGUGUGGCCUGCUCUACUUAGCCCACAUUCUCGAGACUGACUGCAACGGGCACUGCAUUGCUGAAUUGGUUCAGCCGGUGGGCCGCAUUGGUAAUUUGCCGGACGAACUCAAGGCUAUUAUGAUUCACAACAGCUUGAGCGAUAUUAAACCUUUCGAACAACGAUUUAACGACAUGUUCGUAAACACCAUUUCUCCUGGGAGCACAGAAGAUCUGGACCAACGUUGGGACUUGCGGGAGAAAUGCAUAUUCACCAUAGAUCCACUGACUGCGCGUGACCUGGACGACGCAGUCUCCAUUGAACAGGUAGGAGAUAACAAGUAUGAGGUCGGCGUGCACAUAUCGGACGUGUCUCACUACCUGCGAGAGGACUCCGAGCUGGACAAUAUCGUCAAAGAGCGUUCAACGUCCAUAUAUCUAGCCAACGAAGUUAUCCACAUGCUUCCCCAACCGCUGUGCAUGCGCUGUUCUCUACUGCCUGGUGAGGAUAAGCUUGCAUUUUCGGUGUUUUGGCGUAUGGAUAGAAACGGGGUACAGCUUAACGAAAAGCCAAAGUUUACGCGGACUAUUAUUAGGUCUUGCACGCAGUUUGCCUACGAGCACGCUCAAAAGAUCAUCGACAAUCCGCACGAGCGCUUCACUGAACACGAUUUUCCCACCAUCCUAAACGGCUUUUCCGCUAAUGACGUAGUAAAGAGAGUGCUGUGCCUUCAUGGCAUUGCGAGCUCACUGCGUAAAGCACGCUAUGAAAAAGGGGCCAUUAGCUUCAACAAUCCCAAGCUACGCUUUAUACUUGAUCCCGUCAGUGGCGAGCCAGAAGACUUUGAAGUAGAGAAGCAGAAAGAGGCGAAUCGCAUGAUAGAAGAGUUUAUGCUUUUGGCCAACCAAGCUGUGGCGCGCUUUAUACAUGACUCGUUUCCAGAGAUUUCUGUGCUUCGAAAUCACCCGCCGCCACUUAUGAAGUCACUAAAGGCCUUGCGGGAGAAGUUUCAAACCUUGGGAUUUCAUUUGGACUACAGCUCUUCGAAGGCGCUUCAACAGAGCAUCGUGAGAUUAUGCCAGGAGGCCUCCAAUCCCCUUGCGAUGAGCUUCUGCCUCAGUCGCUUGCUGAUGAAACCGAUGGCGAGGGCUAACUACUUUUGCAGCGAAGGGAAAACAGAACCGGCCGAUCUGUGGCACUAUGCCCUAUCCAUUCCCAUCUACACCCACUUCACCAGCCCGAUUCGUCGCUAUCCCGACAUAAUGGUCCAUCGUCUACUGGCAGCUUCGCUUAACUACUGCCCGCCCCCGUGCCGAACUACCGCAGAGCUGCACUCGCUGACAAAAAUUGCGAACGAGCGCAAGUACAAUUCCAAAAAUGCAGGCGAGGAGUCGUGCAAUUUGUACUUUAAGCGAUACGUGAGCAACAAGCAGCGAGUCUGCAUGACCGCUGUAGUCAUGGAAAUAUACCAGCACAUGAUGAAUGUAGUUACCCUGGAAUCGGGGCAUGUUAUCAGCAUUAACUACAAAAUGCAGAAGGUCCUCGUGGACACACAGAAUGCGCCUAACUUUUUAUUGGUCGCAGAACGCAACGUGAGGCAGCCACCCCGGAAGUUGCAGAUCCUUUCCGUAGUACCCAUAUACCUUACGAUAUGGGACAGCAAGUUGACUGGCUUUCUGCAUACGGAGAACCAGCUACAGCCACUAGAUGCGCCCAACAAUCAGCUCAGCGUCAAGAAAAAGCAAAAGUCGCUGCACAAUCAGCAACAACGACCGACCAACAGUGGCACUGCCAAUAAUUUAUGCCCUACUACCUCAAAUGUGGUUGAGCCUCAAUCCCAGGCACAGGUCCUCCACCAGCAACAAAACCUGGCGGCGCGAAUGCGCCAGCAGCUCGCACAUCAGCAGCAACACCACCCAAACCCACAGCAGCGGAUCUAUAGCAUGCGCCAAAACAGUUUAUAACUAUACUAUUUACAAGUAUAGCUUUAUUAUUUGCCCGCAGUCGUUAACAAUACAUAUCUGAUCCGAAACUUCCUGCCAAAAUUGAUGGACACCAUUGUUUACACCUAGCUAGGCAAGAGCUGGGCCUAAAUUAAAUCUGUGAUGCCCAUUCUAGUUAUGCAUAGCAAAUGCAUAUCUCAAUGAGCUCUGUAGAAAUUAAUGUGUUUUGUUUACAUUUUAACGCUUGUAGAAAAACAAUCAAAAUUGCAGAAUGAAUGUCCCAAACAAUAAAUCAAAGUCGCACAACUGUCAGUGUCUCAUUCGCAUGUAUGGUAUACAGAAUACACAAAGAAAUAUAUUCUGGCCGUCCGGUUUCCGACACUCUCAUUACAAAUAAACAUUGAUCUCUCAAUACUGGCUUAUCGAUUUAGAAGUAAAUUAAGUUUUCUUUUUGGCAGUUUCGCUCUAAUAAAAAUACUCCUUACGUGUAUAUUUAUAUGUAAUACAAAUUAAAUAAAAAAGCAGAAUCGAUUAU